ACAUCUGGCCCUUUAUCUUUCUAAAAAUAUAUAUUACUAUAAUUUAUACAAAUACAAAAAAAAAAAAAUAUAUUAUUUAAAAAAUCCAUUGAUUUUGCAUAGUCCACCAUGAUUCCUCUUCUUUUCUAGCUCCACUUCUUCACCUAUAUAUGUACACACACCACUUCAUAUAACUUAACAAUCACUCUUUAUUCUAUGCUUAUUAUCUUUUAUCUACUCUUUUUUUUAUAUAUAGAGAGAGAAUAAUAAGAGAUUUUAUUGGCCAUUGUUAAGUUGAAAAAAAGAGUUGUGUGAUAUAUAAGUUGUUGAAAGAAAUGAUGUUGGAUCUCAAUCUAAGUGCAAUUUAUGAUGAGAAAAUUCCAGAAGGUUCGGUAGCCGAUGAAUCGGAGGUGGGAAGCUCCAAUUCAUCAGCGAGGAAUGCAGAAGCAUGUAGUAGUGCCGGAGAUGAUGAGACGUGCUCCACACGCGCUGCCGGCUCCGGCGACAUUUUCACCUUCAAUUUCAAUAUACUUAAAGUUGGACAUGGUGGAGAUGAACGUAACAGGAGUUGUUGUAACAAUGACGAUGAUCAUCAUCAUCGGUCCGAGUACGUGACUCAGCAAUUGUUCCCAGUGAACACUGCUGAGCUGAAUACUCGGGCCCACACCUCUCAGAACGCUGAUUGGAUAGAUCGUAGUACUUACGAUCCAGCCAAUACUGUUGGUUUCCGAGAGAUGCCUAAACAGCAACAGCCAGUUAAGAAGAGCAGGAGGGGACCUAGGUCCAGAAGUUCACAGUAUAGAGGUGUUACUUUUUAUAGAAGAACUGGCAGAUGGGAAUCACACAUAUGGGAUUGUGGCAAACAAGUAUAUUUAGGUGGAUUUGACACUGCUCAUGCAGCCGCUAGGGCAUAUGAUAGAGCUGCGAUUAAGUUCCGGGGUGUUGAUGCUGAUAUAAACUUUAACCUUAGUGAUUACGAGGAGGGUAUGAAGCAGAUGUCGAACCUGAGUAAAGAAGAGUUUGUACACGUGCUGCGACGACAGAGUACUGGUUUCUCAAGAGGGAGCUCGAAAUACAGAGGAGUAACGUUGCAUAAAUGUGGGAGAUGGGAGGCGCGGAUGGGGCAAUUCCUUGGCAAAAAGUAUAUAUAUCUCGGACUAUUCGACAGUGAAGUAGAAGCUGCAAGGGCGUAUGAUAAGGCGGCUAUCAAAUGUAAUGGAAGGGACGCUGUUACCAACUUCGAGCCAAGUGCAUAUGAAGGGGAACCAAAUUCGAACCCUCAAAUUGAAGGUAGCCAACAGGAUCUUGAUCUAAACUUGGGAAUCGCGACUUCUUCUCCCAAGGAAAUUGAAAGGUCGUCGGUUUUUCAGUAUCAUCCUUAUGAUAUGCAAGAAUCAACAAAAUCACAGAUGGACAAAUCUGGUUCACAAACAGUUGGUAGUUCACAUUUCAAGGGGCUACCUGCAGUCACAUCUGAACAAGCUCACUUGUGGAAUGGAGUGUAUUCCAAUUUCUUUCCCAGCUAUGAGGAAAGAGCAUCCGGGAAGAGAAUAGAUGUAGGUACCUCCCACGGACACCCAAACUGGGCAAUGCAAAUGCAUGGUCAAGUCGGAACAACCUCAAUGUCAAUGUUCUCUGCUGCAGCAUCAUCAGGAUUCUCAACUCCGGCUACCACUGCUUCGGCCUCUGUAAUGUCUGGUCCCAACAACCUGAACAAUCUCAAUCUUUCGUUUGCUUCAUAUUCGACACCAUCAACAAAUACAACUCAAUACUAUUACCAGAUCAGGCCGCCACUACCACCUCCAUAACAUUUCUUUGCCAGCAUUUUACUUGUAAUACAUUUACAUAUAUAACUCAAAACUGAUUCCAUUUGUAAGAUUUUUUUGUCAUCAAUUCAUUAACAUGUUGAUUUUAUGUUGAAUUCUUUAACCACUUGUAAGAUUUUGGAAGGUGAAGAUUCAAAUUUUCAUCA